AUGUCCUCCACAUCAGAUUACAUGCGGUACACCGCCCCCCGCCAACGCUCUCUCACCACACUCCGCACCACCCUCCCCGACAUCUCCGAACACACCUACCCCACCUCCCGCACACCCACACCGCCUUUCCGCCGCCCCAGCAACCACCUCCGCAGCGUCUCCGUGGCCUCCUUCCACUCCGACGGCACAAUCGAGAUUGACGGCUUCGGCUUCGACAACAUGUCCGAGAUUGGAGACGACGCAAGCAUCUUUGGCGGUGAGUCCGUGUAUGCAGACAGCGUCUUUGAUCCCGACGACGCACCCAACCCGCGCCCUCACACGCCGGGCGACCUAUCGUGGCGCGCGGAGCGUAUCCUGGCGAAUGCGAAGAAGAAGCUGGAUUUGUGUGGGCAGAACAUCUCGAGGGCGAGGAGCUCCCUGAUAUUAUCGCCGUCGACGACGCCGACGAGCUUUAAUGAGCAGUUGAAUGGAGUGAGGGCGAUGCCGGCGUUCCAUUCGCAGAGAUUUAGGAUGAGGAAUGAGGUGGUGGGUAAUGGGAACGGUGCUAGUAAUGGUGGUGGAUCUGCGCAUGUGAGGGCUAGCAGCGAGAGUGCGGUUAUGAAGUCGAGAAGGAGCGGCAUGAUCGGUGGUGAAGGGGGUCUCAUAGGGCUGGGAUUGGGAACAAUUGCGGACGAGGACGAGCGGUCCCACAUCACGGAACAGACCACGGGCCACACCACCGGCCCUUCAAGAAGCACCCAGCAGAUGCGGGCCUUGCGGGACCAGAUGAAGGACCUCCGGGGUAAGAUUACCUCCCUGCAGGAGCAGGCCAAAACCGACUCCAUGCGUCGCCUUUCAAUCAGCUCUCUGCGCUCAACACCGACACCAUACGACUCUCACACGCCCAUGGACGACCUGAAAUACCACUCAGACUCCCCGCAGGAGACGUGGGAGUCCGCUGAAGAAAGCCCCGACGAAGACGAAUAUGCGUCGACUGUGUCUUCAGGCACACCACGGGCCUACCGACGCUCUGUAUCUCCGUUCUCGCCCACCCGCCACGAGGACCGCGAAGACGCAUUCUCGUACGACGCCCUCUUCUACGGCAACGGCAUCUACGCAAACGGCGCAAACGGCCGCCCAAUCUCAUACGGCAGCGAUGGGACCGAGUCCACCACCACAGCAAUCUUAGAACCCACCCCCCACUUCAAGCGCCGCGACAGCUUCGAUUCGAUAAACUCAUUCGCCACGGCCGCCGAGGACCGCACAUCCUCCACGGAAUCGCUGCGCCGCAAGGCCGCUGGCCAGAACCACCACCCUACCCCAUCACCGGAAUGGCUAGCCACCCCGACUCUCCGCGAUGACGGUUAUCACUCGGCCCCGCAUACGCCCAAAAAUCUAGGCUAUAAGGACUAUUCCCCGUCGGCGGGACAUAAGCCGGCUGCGAAGCCAUACCCCAUACACCCGUCGCCAACGCAGGACGCACCAACCUCCAUCGAUGCGGUUGUCACGGCUGCCACCCGCGGCAAGAUCAACCGGAAAUCAGUCAUCACGCUUGGAUCCGCGGAAUCGAUGCUGCUGACUAGCGACGGCGAGAUCCGCCUGCAGCUGUCAAACUCGGACCGCGAGCUCAUCGAGAACAUGAUUGAGGGCCUGGGCGAGGUUUGCUGCAGCAUGGAGAUGGAGCAGGAGCCAGUCCGACGGUCAGAGUACCGGAGACGCCUCGAGGGCGCGCUGAAGGUGCUGAGGGGUGAGGUGGUGGUUGGAAGCCAGAGGCCGGAGCCGGCCCCAACAGCGCUCAAGAGGGAGAGGAGCGUGGGUGCGAACUGGGGCGGCAGAUAUCGUGGGUCCUCGGGGUAUAGAGCCGCGGAGGAAUGGAUGGGGGAGACGGAUGAUGAGUGCUUUUAA